AUGCGGCCCCUGAUAAUCCCCCUUAUUGCGCAAGUCGUCGAGGCUGUCUACAGCAGAGAUGCUACUCCGACACGCGCGGUCUCAUUGGCGGACGGAGCUACUUGUGCAUGUGCUCAGCUUUCGAAUGCAUAUGCCAACCUGACUCUCUUCGGCAACUCGACAAACUAUGUGGCAGAGGCUACCAACUACUGGGACAUUCGCUCUGAUCUUCUGCCUAAAUCACAGUUUGCUAUGCGAGGUCGUGGUCAUAUGAAUUUUCCUGGCUCGAACAACAUCGACGGGGGUGUCUUGCUUGCCCUGAAUGGGCUGAACGAACUCAGAAUCAGUGAUGACAACUCUACAAUUGAAGUAGGGCCAGGCAAUCGCUGGGUCGACGUGUAUACUGCUUUGGCCCCCCGUGGUUUAUAUGCAAUCGGUGGUAGAUUGAAGACUAUUGGGGUUGCCGGGCUUGAGUUGAUCGGAGGCUUCCAUUAUUUCAUCAACAAGUAUGGAAUGGCAAUGGAUAAUGUCAUCAGUUACGACGUGAUCCUCGGCAACGGAACUCAGCUCACAGCCAAUUCAACCUCAAAUCCUGACCUGUUCUGGGCUUUGAAAGGGGGUGCUAACAAUUUCGCUCUUGUCACCAAGUUCACGCUCAAGGUGUACCCCAUUCCACUUAUCAGCACAACCACUCAGCUAUUUGGCGAAGCUACCAUCCCGGAUUUCAUCACUGCUACUGUGGACUUUGCUACACACGAUGAGCCAGAUGUUGCCGCCGGUGCUGUCAUUAACGUCAGCUAUAACUCGUCCACCCAAGAAUUCGGAGCAACAUUGUUAGGGGUGCAGGAAAGCACAGUAUCACCGCCCUCGAGGUUCGCCAACUUCUCAGCCCUUCCUUCAACACUACGCCAGGAUGCUGUGGUUCCCCCAAUCGAAUGGCACAACAGCCUCGACUCUCCCAACCAGAUGUUUAGGGUUCAAUUCGCACACAAGACCAUCAAGGCUGAUGCUAAUCAAUUGCAACGCAUCUUUGAAGAUUGGAAGUCCAACAUUGUAAACUUGAACAAUGUUAAGGGUCUUUAUUCUACUUGGGUGAUGAACAUUCUCCCUAAAAGUGCUCUUAGCGUUGCUAAGAACAACGGAGUGGGUAAUGUCUGGGGCUUGGAUGAUGAUGAAACUUAUAUCCUAUGGCAAUUUGCUAAUACGUGGGAGGAUGCCGAAGAUGAUUUACGUGUAACAAACUUCGCUCGCUCAUUCGUUGAUUACUGGCACGAAGAUAGCAAGGCGAGAGGAUUAGCUUCGGAGUUCCUUUACAUGGGGGAUGCUGGGGAGUUUCAGAAUCCAUUCUCUGGAUUUCCUUUGGAAAAUGUUAACAAGAUGAAGGACAUUAGAUCAUCGUAUGAUCCUCUGGGUGUUUUCACCAGUCUCAACUGGGGAGGCUUUAAGCUUGCAGCUUAG